UUGUAUUACAUACUAGAUACCCGUAUGUUGAAAUGACUUGUCGACAAUCGGUAAUGUUUAUAAAGGAAACGAAAAUGGAAAUUAUUUUUAACCAAUAGGACUAUUUUUAAAGAUUAAAUCUUCAUUAUGGAGAAGGUCGAAGGCAAAGGGACUGUAAGAAUGGUUCAAUCAGAGGCUAAGUUCUCUGGGCUUCCAACUGAUCCAUAUAAAGCUCUAGAAAUAUCACAAUCGGCCAGAACACUUCUCCAUGAUAUAGAGGAUGAUGAGGAAAUGACGGAGAAAGAUCAUGAGUCACCACAUCAUAAUGUAUCCGAAUGUUCUAAAGUUUACUUGGAUCUGGCGCAAGCAGAACAUUCAGAUCAACGUCUUGUCAACAACAUGGAUCAGGAUCAUCUUUUUAAGAACGGAAAUGAAAAAUGUAUAUUUUUAUCAGGAAAUGAAGAUUUAAACAAUUACACAUUGAAAAACUCAGAAUCUGAAGAUCCGCAUACAACAGAAAAUACUGAUUGGUCCUCCAGUCUACAACAUCUUACUAGUCAACUUAAGGUCAAAAUUGAGGUCAUCAAACAAUGUACUGGUGAUUCUCAUAUUCAAGCAUUACAUGACAUAAGUUUAUUAGUGGAACAAGCUUGGGUCAUGCCAACCAAGGAUGUAGCACAUAGUUUAUGUGACACUCUUCGUGAGGAACAAGCUCUAGACAUUCUGAUAGGAAACUGUGCCUCUCAAAACAAAGAACUGAUGAUAGCUUCAGGAAGAUUACUUGAAAACAUUUUAAUAACAAGAAAUAGACAGAGAGUAGUACACUAUGGACUAGAAAUACUGGUUAAAAUGGCUGUUGAUACAAAGGGGGAGUUUGAUAUGGCUCGGUUUUGUACUGGAAUAUUGGAGAGUCUCUUCAAAAUUUCAGAAGAAAUUUGUAGAAAGUUGACUGUCCUGGGGGGACUAGAUGUUUUACUUUAUUGGUGUAGAAGUAAUGAUCGUCUGACAUUACGUCAUUGUGCAAUUGGUUUGUCAAAUAUGGCUUUGUAUUGUGGCCCUGAAAACCAAGAAGAGAUGGCAAAACACAAAGUCCCAGAAUGGCUCUUUCCUCUAGCAUUUAAUGAUGAUGAUAGUGUAAGAUACUAUGCCUGCUUAGCAAUUUCUGUACUGGUUGCAAAUAAAGAAAUUGAAUCUGCUGUUUUACAAUCUGGUACCCUAGAUCUUGUUCUUCCAUUUAUUGCUAGUCACUCUCCAAGUGAAUUUGGGAGGAUGGACCUGUCUCAUCGUCACGGUAGAUCCAAGGAAUGGUCGAAACGUCUGGUUCCCUUAUUAUCCAGUAAAAGGGAGGAAUCUGAAGCAUUAGCAGCAUUUCAUUUUGCAAUGGAGGCAGGAAUCAAAUCUCUUCAGAAAAAUACAAAAAUAUUUUAUGAAAUAGGAGCUAUAAGUCCAUUAAAAAGGUUAGCUAGUAGUCAAAAUGCUACAACAUCAAAAUUAGCUUGUGAAGCUCUAAGAAUUAUUGGAGAGAAUCUUCCGCACAAACUGACAGCACAAGUUCCGGUGUGGACAGUUGAAGAUGUGAAAUUCUGGGUAUCACAGAAUGGAUUUGAGGAAUUUGCUGUUAAUUUUGAGAGAUGUAAAGGAGAUGGUGACCUGCUGUUAACAUUAACAGAAGGGGACUUGUCAGGCAGUCUGCAUAUGAAAUGUAGAAUAGCACACAAAAGAUUCAUGAGAGAAUUAAAAAGACUCAAAAUAACAGCAGACUAUGCGUCUUCAGAUCCGACCAAACUGGAUGAUUUUUUGAUGGAGUUAGGGUCAGAGUUCAGUCAAUACACAUACUCCAUGUUACAGGCCGGUGUAGAUAUGCAUUAUCUACCGUACCUCACCGAAGAGCAGCUCACCAAUGAUUGUGGUAUAUCUAGUGGUAUACAUAGGAGUAAAAUAUUACAGAAAAUUAAGAGUUUUAGAGAACACAAGACGGAAGGUGACGCUGGAGAUAUUAUUGAUGGACGUAAGGUGACAGAUGUUUUUAUAAGUUAUAGAAGGGUAAAUGGAUCAAUGUUGGCAAGUUUAUUGAAAGUAUUUCUGCAGUUGAGGGGAUUUACAGUAUUUUUAGACAUAGAGAAAUUAAAUGCUGGUAAAUUUGGUGAGGGGUUAUUGAGCAGUGUGAGGUCCUCACGUAACUUUAUACUGGUACUGACACCAAAUGCCCUUGAUAGAUGUGUAGGAGAUAAAGAAAAAAAUGACUGGGUUCACAGGGAAAUAGUAGCAGCAUUAGAAAGUCAGUGUAAUAUUAUACCCAUUAUGGACAACUUCAAGUGGCCAUUAGGUGACCAGCUACCUGAAGAUAUGAAACAGAUCACAUUCUUUAAUGGUAUAAAAUGGAUACAUGAAUAUCAGGAUGCCUGUGUGGACAAGUUAGAACGAUUCAUGAGAGAAGAGAAGCUGAAUAAUAGUAUGCAGGGCAGGGAACCAGAUUUCCUAUUGCAGAAAAUUACUGAAGCCUGAGAAUAAGUUAUUUCUUCCAUUAAUAUCAGAUUUAGUUUUUGUCAGGAAUUUAUAAUAAAGAGGGUCGCCUGUCUCGUCCGAAUUUGAAGAAUAGUCCUGAGAAAAGUAGGAUAAUGGCCUUAUAUAGGUAAUUAUCAAACAGGGUAUAUAAAAACGCAAAUAUUGUGUACAAUAGAUAUUUAUUUGUAAACAUGUUUUUAAUCUGAGAAGAAAAGUGAAGUGGUGAUACUUAAACAGUGCAUGAUUAUUCCCACAUUCCAUUAUUCUAUAGAGUUAUUUCUCCAUGUCUGGUUUUAACAAAGGGCGUUUAUAGUAACAAAUAUUAUGUAUAUUUUUCUAAUGCAUUGAAAUGGUGUUGAAAUAUUUUCUCAUUUAAAAAUAAAGGACACAACUCUGAUAAUGAAUACUGUUAAUUCAGAAAUUACUGUGUCCAUUUAUUAUUGUGAAUCCUUGACCACUUUCAAAAUCUAAUUAAUGAGAAUACACAAGUUUUAUGAAGGAAAAUCACUCAUGAAAUUAUGAAUGCAAGAUUUUAUUAUUGCAACCUGAAACUGUACCAUUUUUGCAUUAGUUUCUGAAUUUGCAGGGAAUGAUUUUUGAAACUGAAGGUUAUGUGGACUACACCAUCCUCUUUCAAAAAGUAAUAUAGACAGGGUGAAGUUCAAAUGUUCAAAAAAAACAGAAAUUUGUAUUACUAAAAUUAAUCACAAAUACAUUUAUGUUUUUCAUUAUAUUCAUUAUUAUUGGUUGGAUGCCCAUUUUCAUAAAUUUCUUUGGCACAGUGAAAUUACCAAUUUAAUUCUCAAUAAUAUCAAAUGUUUUAAUGACUUUUGAAUGUUACAAAUGAUGAAACCCUGAAAUAAGCUAACAUUGAAAUAGCGAAUUUUUCUAAAACCCUGAAAAUUGAUGUAAAUAGAUUAAUCCAUAGUUAUUCAUGUUCCACAGACAAAUAGACUAACUAUGAUAUUGUCCAACAUGAAAUGAGGAAAUAUAGAAGAUGAAGUGGCAUGUGGGGAAAAAUGCUUGAAACAGAUAGUUUCCAUUGAUUUUCUUAGUGUUGGAUCUUAAGGUCAGCAAAAGUAUGCCCCCCCUUUUUUUUAGAGUUGAUCUAUGCGGAAUUUUGCCCUCUAGCAUAUCAACAAAAAGAAAUAACUCUUAAUUCAAUUUACAACAAUGGAAAACUAUCUAUAGGAAAAGAUAAACAGAAAAUAGUGCAAUAGUAGAAUAGAGUUACAAAUUGCUUAGUUAAAAGGAGGCUUUUGUCUAUCCCAGCAUUAGUUGCAUGUUAAAAUGUUUUUGUUGGUCACCCUAGCUAAAUUAUACAUAAUGUUAUAGCAGUUUGUGAUAUGUUUUAUUGUACAGUGUGUGAUAUAUUUGUUAGAAUGAUAUUUUUAACCCAAUAUCCCUUUUGGCUGUUAUUUUGGAAUUGAUUUUGUAAGUUUUCAGCCCUUUUGGCUGUAUUCUUAGAUUUGUAAUCAAAUUUUGCAAUGUUAUUGAACAAUUGUUAGAUAUUAUUUCUAAAUAUAUGAUAGAAUGUAAAAUAUAUACAUGUAGUUAUUGGUGUUUAUGUAUCGAUAUACAACUACAGUGUAACCUGUAUAAUAUGGACUCUGUUUAAAGCCGAUCUAAAAUCUGACUAAAGUGAACUUUUGUAUUAAGACAAUCAUUUCUUAACAUCUGCGAUUAAAUCCAAUUUUAAAAUAACAGUAUGGAUCUGUGGUAUCUGUAGAUGCCACUAGCGACUGUGAUUACAAUGACACAACACAAUAGCAAACAUUUUGUGCAUGUUUUAAGAGUUUUUAUUUCUGUCAAUUAACUUAUUAACAGCUUCAUUAAUGCAUUUAACUAAUGAAUAAAUAGUUUGAAGAGAUAAUAAGAAAUAACUAAUUAUACAAAAUUAAGUCAACCAAGGAGAAUGAAUGUCUGAAAAAGGGAAAUAACUCAUCGAAUGAAAAUCUACUACACUGAACUGUGAAUUAUGGUCACUAUUACAAAAUUGCAAAAUAAGAAAAAAUAUACUAGCAUUGAUUUAUGUUGGAAAUGUAAAUUUCAGAUGAUUAAAUGGCAAGAUAUAGACUUUAUGUGGUUUAUACUAGAUAUUUUAUGAAUUAACUGUCCAUCUGUAAUUUUUUCAAUGAAUUAUCUGAUUUGAGUAUAAAUAUUUUUGAAAGGAAAAACCAAGUUAAAAUCAUUGUUAAAAUAGUUUAACAAAUCAUGCCUACCUAUGUACAUAAACAUGUGUAAACUGAAACACUUUUUUAAAACGCCAUAAUCAACACCCUUUACUAUUUUGCAAUUCUUUCCGUAAAUGUUUAAUGUACUUAAAAAAAUCAUUGUCAGAUCUGGUACAAUAUACCAUGCUCUUACACUUGCUUUGGCUAAACAGGGAUACAGUUUGUCUUAUCAAGGUGUAAUCUCCUUUUGCAUUUUUUUUAAAAAUUGGAAACAAAGUCGGAAGUUUGAAACUAUUCAAACAAAAUCUUCGGUUCAGUUUAGACAGACAUUUUUGUAUUAUUGAUGGCAUUAAAUUGAUUUAUAUGAAACAUAAAAAACAAAUUAAGUUUAGAAUGGAUAAAUGCUAGCCUGGCAUCCUGUCCAGAUCUCUGCUUUGUGUCACUAGAACUAGAGACAUAAUAUGUUUUACAUGUAUCUGGUAGAACCAGAUGUGAGAAAAGCCAUGUCGUCCUAUUGUAAAAAUCAAUAAAGAUGUUUGAUACAUGUAGAUGCACUUAAAAAAAAUAUUAUACUUCAAGUUAAAAUGCCAAAUUUUCAUUGGCUAAUACGAGGGAGAUAAUUUACUCCAUCCCAUGGUUCAGCGGGAGAGAAUAUUUUAAAUGUCACCCUCUCGUGCAGACCAAUUAAAAAUCGAUAAAUUAAAGGACAAUGAAUUGAAUUAACAUCAAUAAAUUAAAGACAAUGUUAAAGUUCUACGUUUUUGCCUCAGAACUUUUUCAUAGACUGUCAAAAUAAAAAAAAAUAUCUUACAUCACUUUUGUUGUUUUUCUAAUAACUGUAACGUUAUGUAUGUGACAUUAAUUUAAAACUUAACAGUAAAAGACAUCAAUGAGAGAGCAUUUACUAUAAUAGAUUAAAUAACACAUAGCUGAGAGGGUGACAGAGCAAUUUGGUUCCACUGGAAAAAAUAUUGUCAACCUUGGCUUCGCCCUGAUUGAUAAUGUUUUCUUGGGGUAACAAUCUGCUCUACCACCCUCUCAGAUAUGUCUUAUUUAUAUAAUGGUAUUAAACUAAAACUUUAAAAAUGAUUUUUUUUCUUUUGUGUCAGGCUACGUACUCCGAACAUACGUCAGGAGUUGAAGCCGACUAAUGAACCUAAACAUGUGGCUCUUUUCUUACUUGCUCUAUUGGCCAGCAGUAAACCAGGAUUCCAGGCUAGAUUAUGUUAAUUAUAGAAGUCAGGUGUACACAGGUUUAUUUUGUUGUAAAGGUGGCACCCCUCAUUUAGUUAAAAAAAAAUGAUGCCACUAUUGUAUUAUUUGGUUCAUAUAUAGGUAAAUUGUUCUUGUAAAGGUUGCAGCCCUUGCUUUAUUAUGAUAAACUAAUGCCACUUCUGUAUUGUUUGUAGUAUGUAUUUAAUAUUAUAUACUGGUAAUAUUUUCUUUUUGUUUUGUUGACUAUUGGAUUUCUAUAAUAAAUGUACUAACUUCA